UAGAAAACUUGUAAACGAAUUUAUUUAAAAAGAGAAAAUUGAGUGCGAAAUAAAUUGGAGUGCGUUCAUCGACGGUAUCAUUUUCACGUAGUUAAUGUGAUAAAGUUUAUGUGUGGUAUCAUCAUUAUCCUUGUCUAAGGUAUAAAUAUAACUUACAAAAUCAUCACACAAAAAAAAAUUUAUUUAUCUUUUGUAUAAAACAAUUAUCUAACAUUGUGUGUUGUGAUACGUGCGGAUAGAACGGUUACCCACUACGUGGUGUUUACAAUGGAAUCAUCAUCAUCAUUAUUAUUAUUGUUAUUAUCAUCAGGACAACAACGUUUUUACAAAGGAGUUACCUACAAAAGAAAAAAUAAACAACAGCAGGCGGUUAUUAUUGUCAUAGCUGCUUUAAUCACAACAUUACUUGUUUGCACAACUCCAGCAAAUGGCAUAGGGAUAGCAAUGGCAUCCCCACAGCAUGACGAUGGAGGACUUGGGAACAAUGUUAGUUCAUAUCCGUAUUUCGAAUUUAAUGUACCACGGAAUGUGACCACAGCAGUUGGACAGACCGCCUUCUUACAUUGUCGUGUUGAACAACUUGGUGAUAAAGCGGUGUCAUGGAUUAGAAAGAGGGACUUACAUAUUUUGACAGCGGGUAUACUGACAUAUACAUCGGAUCAACGAUUUCAGGUAAUACGUCCCGACAAAUCAGAAAAUUGGACACUUCAAAUAAAAUUCCCACAACAAAGAGAUGCCGGUGUAUAUGAGUGUCAAGUAAACACAGAACCAAAAAUGUCACUUGCUUUCCGGCUUAAUGUUGUUGAAUCGAAAGCAAGAAUAUUGGGUCCAAGAGAUCUUUAUGUAAAAACUGGCAGCGCAGUUACAUUAACUUGUGUGAUCAGUCAAGGACCACAUGAUUUGGGAACAGUAUUUUGGUACCGUGGUUCCGAAAUGAUAGAAAAUACAGUAGUACAUCCGAACGAUUAUAAAGAAUCAGCACGAGUUCGAAUUGAAACAGAUUGGACAGAUGCGUUAACGUCCAGAUUAAGAAUUUCUAGAGCACAAAUAUCCGAUUCGGGUAAUUAUUCAUGUGUACCAACAAUAGCUGAAGCCGCUAGUGUAAAUGUGCAUGUUAUUAAUGGUGAACAUCCGGCUGCUAUGCAACACGGAAACACGAAUACAGCAGUAUCAUCUACCAAUAAUAAUUGGUUGACUUUAUAUACAAUAAUUAUUGUAAAUACUAUCAUUAUUAUUACAUACUCAUCGUUAUUAUCAAGGAAACAUUAUUUGAGAUGAAAUAAAUUGUAAAAAUAAAUAUUAAAAUUUUUUCUCAAAACAAAAGAAUCAAAUCAAGUAAGUCAACAUGGCAACAAAACGAAAUUA